AUGGAGGUGAUGCAGGGGCACACCAUGCACUAUUUUGGUUUUCAAGAGGAAGAUGGUUACGAAGAUGAUAGAAUUCCUGAUCUGCUUGCUGAUUUGUACAAGUCAGAACCGCAAGGUCCUGGAAAGGACACUAUUUUUGCUGAGUUAAUAGAGGAAGCCAAGCGCGCAGCCAGCGAUGGGGGUACAAUGUCAAGGUUUUCACUCACAAUCAAGUUACUUCAGGCCAAGUCGUACUACCGGAUUAGCAACGUUGCAUUCAACGCGAUACUCCUGAUUUUGGCCUUGCAAUACCCUGCUAGCUCAAUACCAAAGUCAUACGAGGAGGCACUUAGCAUAGUCGGCAGGUUGGGCCUUGGUUAUGAGAGUAUCCAUGUGUGCCCGAAUAACUGUGUAUUGUUCCGGAAGGAUUAUGCCAAGGAGAAUAAUUGCCCCAAGUGCAAAGCCUCCAGAUGGAAAGAUGCUGAUGGUAGGAGAAAGAUCCCAGAGAAGGUGCUGAGGCACUUCCCAUUGAUUCCAAGGCUGCAAAAAAUGUUUCUUUCAAAGGAGCAAUCAAAGGAAGUACAGUGGCACAAACUGAAGCGGCAAGACGUGGAGAAUGAUCUCAGUCAUCCAGCAGACGGGGAUGCAUGGAAGGAUUUUGACAAUAUUCAUAAAGACUUUGCCGCUGAUGCCAGGAACAUAAGGCUUGGACUUGCCACGGAUGGUUUUAAUCCCUACGGGAAUAUGAGCAACUCCUACAAGCAUGUGGCCUCGUAUUCGUGGUGCCAUACAACCUUCCACUUGUGGGCAUGUAUGGAUCAGUCCAACUUCAUGCCGACAUUGCUAAUCCCUGGUCCAUCCUCUCCGGGAAAAGAUUUUGAUGUCUUCAUGGAGCCUUUGAUGGAAGAGCUGCAGGAGCUCUGGAAAGGUGUAAAAUCAUAUGAUGCCAAUAGUCCAGACAAGUUUGAUCUCCGUGCUGCAAUCUUAUGGUGUAUUCAUGAUUAUCCAGCACUGCACACAUUGUCGUGGAGGGCCACAGCUGGUUACCAGGCAUGUGUGCAUUGUGACAAAGAGAAUUGCUCCAAGAAAUUAAGGAACAAAAUCUGCUUUAUUGGGCACCGCCGUUGGCUACCUCUGUCCCAUCCUUGGAGAAAAAGCAAAGAAUACAAUGGUGCUAUUGAAAGGCGUGAGAAGCCAGCGGAAUUCACUCCAGAAGAGCUAAAGGAACAGCUUGAUAGGGUUAGAGAUGUGAUACCAGGCAAGCUUCAGAAGAAAAGGAAACGUGAGGACGGUCAGUGUUGGAGCCGUAGGUCAUGUUUGUGGGACUUGCCAUACUGGGAAGAUCUAAAGCUGAGGCAUAAUCUCGAUGUAAUGCACAUCGAGAAAAACAUCUGUGAUAAUCUGAUUGGUACUUUCAUGAACAUACAAGGCAAGACAAAGGACACUGUGAAUUCAAGGCUUGAUUUGGAAGAUAUGGGCAUAAGAGGUGACUUGCAUUUGCAGCCUGUUUCACCUGACUCUUUUGAGAUGCCACAGGCGUGGUAUACAAUGAGUAAACAAGAAAAAAUUGCAUUUUGUGAAUUCAUAAAGGCUGUGAGGUUUCCAGAUGGGUACGCGUCUAACAUAUCCAAGUGUGUGGCUGCUGAUAAGUGCAAGCUUCAAGGGCUGAAGACCCAUGACUGUCAUAUAUUGCUUCAAAGGAUCUUACCGGCUGGCCUGCGAGGAACAAUCCAUGAAGACAUAUAUGAAGCGGUUGCUGAGCUUGGAAAUUUCUUCGAGAGUCGUGUCUGCAAAACAUCGAAGAGAGACGUUCUGGACAGACUUGAAAAGGAAAUCGGACCCGGUGUUGCUGUACUAUCAUAUCAAGAUGAAGAUUCCAGUCAAGUUGCUGUGCAAGAAAAAGAAGGCACUGCACGGAGUAGGACGAGAAGUGACCAGGAACGUGUGCUACUUGAAAAAGUCAUUGUGGACAAACUGAAGAAACGGAGCAAGGAGGUUGUUCCUGAAGAAAUCGAGGAGGUUGAUGAGACAAUGUAUCAAUAUUGCACUGAUGAUGAUGAUGAUGAUGAUGAUGGAGGAAAUAGGACUAGGAAUCGUCCAGUUUCCGAAGAAGAUGAAUAG